AUGUCGGUGAAGGAGGUCUGCCACUGCUCGCUCAGAUGUGGUGGACCCGACGGUCCUGGGCGUGCAUAUACAAGGAAAGUCGUAAACCGACAUCGCAAACGAGAGCGAGAGCAUCAAGCUCGCCUUCUCCUCGCCUCUACUAGCCAGUACAAUGAGCAGCUACUUCGGGUCACCCACGCAGGCUCGACACACAAGCGACGGGCUGACUCCACGUCGGAGAGUGCAAGGAAGCGCACACGGACCGACAUCUCAGGCAACAAAUUCCCGGGAGCUAACGAAGAUGCGAAUGCGCCCAAUGGCGAUCCGGGAGAAGACGAUGGCGAUCCCCUCGAGACAGAGGAGCAUGCAGAGGACGAAGACGAGGCCUUUGCGAGAACUGCACAAGCAGAGGACUCGGUGUCUCGAGAAGAUGUCCCUCAAGAAGGCCCUCGCCCUCUGCAAGAUCGAGAGCCGUCCUCGCCACCCCGAGACUCCCCGGUAGUGACUGAGAGCCUCGAACUCGAGGACGAGGACGACGCGCGAGCAGGGGCGGGAAGAGAGGAUUCACGCGAUAUCGACCCUCCUGACGAGCUUCAGGACGCAGAUACUCCCGCCCCCCGCUUUAACCCUGUGCUCGACGACCUCAAAAUCUCGCAGAACUUCAUUGAACUGCUUCAGCAGGCGGCACUCGAUAGCGAUGUGGAGCCCCUACCUGAGGAUGUCAUACAGCAGCUUCGAAAUCCUCCAAUGCACACUCUGACGGUGGACGAUCCCGACCACAGAUACUCACUGGACCUCUUCUUUGCGCUCACUGACGCCUCUGUGGACGCAUACAACAACUCUCGUGCUGCUUACCUGCGCCGCCAUCCUGGGAGCAAUAUUCUCUCCUUUCACGAGGUGAAGAAGCUGGUCCGAGAGUUGAGCGGCAUCAUCGAGGUCAAGCGCGAUAUGUGCAAUAACUUGUGCAUUGGGUAUACGGGCCCCUAUCGCGAUCUCGAGUUCUGCCCGUACUGUGGGGAGCGGCGCUACGAGCUCACUCCGGCAAGCGGCAAAGGAUCGCGCACAAAGCGUCCUCGGAAACAGUUCACAACAAUUCUUCUCGGCCCUCAGCUUCAGGCGCAGCGACGUGGCCCGGAGACCUCGCGGCUGAUGCAGUAUCGCGAGCGUUGUACGGCUGCUGUCCUCGAUGAGCUGAACGCGAACAACGGCAUCAAAGUCUCUCCCUUCAGCGACUACAUCGACGGCGCGGAAUACCUCGAGGCAGUACAGGACGGACGGAUAACGCCUGACGACAGCGUGGUUGUCUUAUCCAUGGACGGUGCUAUGCUCUACCGUAACAAGGCGUCAGAUUGCUGGAUUUACAUCUGGCUUCUUAUGAACCUCGACGUCGAUGUGCGGUACAAGAAGCGCUUCGUCUGCAUUGGCGGCACAAUUCCAGGGCCUAACAAGAUUCGGAAUGCGGACAGCUUCCUCUUCACGGGGCUGUACCACCUGGCUGCUAUUCAGAAGGAGGGUCUCGUCGUAUGGGAUGCAGCGACAGGACGCGUCUUCCGAGACCAUCCGUUCCUGUAUUUGGCGACUGCCGACGGGCCUGCGAUGGCUUACCUGAACGGCUUCGUUGGACAUCACGGGCGCAUCCACUGCCGCUUUUAUUGUCCAAUAAUCGGGCGGCACAAAAUCGGCGGUCCCCAUUACUAUCCAGCACGCCUUCGUCCGCACGAUUAUCGCGUUCCUGGCUGUGACCAUCCCGAUGUCGAUAUCCGAGAGCUGCUCGACGAGCAUACAACAGAGCACGCCACUGCGCGUUAUCUCAAAAAUCUCGAGACCGUCAUCAACUCCCCCAACAUGACGCGCUACGAACGGAACCGUCUCGAGACUGGCAUUGUCAAGCCCUCGAUCUUCAGCGGCUUGCCUCCCAAGCAUAACUUGGGCGUUCCAGCUAUGUUUGGUGGCGAUGCGAUGCAUCUCGCGACUCUCAACAUCCCCGACCUGUACAUUUCGUUGUGGCGCGCCACAAUCGAGUGCGACACACGAACCGACAACAAGGCGACCUGGCCUUUUGCGAUUUUCCGCAGCCCAGCGAAGUGGAAGGCGCACGGGCAGAUGGUUGCAGACGCCAUCCCAUACACUCCGGGAUCCUUCGACCGCCCUUCACGCAACAUUGCGGAGAAACUUACCAGUGGCUACAAGUCCUGGGAGUUUCUGCUGUACUUCUACGGCCAUUGCCCUUGCUUGCUCUUUGGGGAUCUUCCGGAGGCCUACUACGUUCAGUUUUGCAAGCUGGUUCGCGCCACUCGGGUCGACAUUGAGGUCAAUAUAUCGGUCGAACUACUGUGCGAGUCUGACGAGCUCAUGUGUGAGCAAUCAGAUGGAUACGAGAAUCUGUACGUCCAGCGUCGCGCAGAUCGCCUGCACUUCGUCCGUGCUAGCGUGCACACACCAUCGCACAUGCCGCGCGAGACGGAGCGCUUGGGUCCCAGCAUGCUCUAUUCCCAGUACACGAUGGAGCGGACAAUCGGGAACCUCGGGGAGGAAAUCAAGCAGCAUUCGAAUCCGUAUGCAAACCUCUCCGAGCGCGCAAUCCGAAGGUGCCAAAUCAACGCCAUUAAGGCCCUAAUUCCCGACAUCGAGCCCGCCCAGCCAAGAUUCCCUCGACGAGCGCACGUACUUCACGAAGGGAAGUAUGCACUUCUCCCUCGACGUGAUAGGCUUGCCAGGUCGGUCACGCGCACAGAGGCUCGCGCUCUGCAGCGCUUUCUCGAAGCGCAAGGAGACCGUACACCUGUAGGUGACGGUCUGAAAGUGCGUCGCUGGGCAAGGCUUCGACUUCCCAAUGGGCAAACUGCACGCUCGCGGUGGAAGGAGGAGGCGAUGGAUCCCGAGCACAUCCGAAUUUCGCGCAAUGUCAAGUUUGCUGCUAGCGAAGGCCAGCGCUUUGCUGAAGUUCACUAUUUUGCGCUUAUUCCAGUGCACGGUGAGCUGCGUGGUCGCUACCCUUUGUUCUUCCAGGACGAAACAGCAAAGGAUCGAUACUACCUAGUGGAAAGACCUGGUCUUGGUAUUUUGGAGAAGAUUGGCUACAUAUACAGUGACUCUCUCGAAUACCACGUCCAAGUCGCGCGCCGCAGAGAGCUUACGCGUCUCCAGGAUGUUCACGAACCCUACCCUUCGCUCAGAUACACCCAUGUCCAGCAUCUCACAUACCUCCCAACAGACUUGCAGAGCGCCGACCGUUGGGACACCACGCUGCCCCCCUUCCAUUCACCCAACCCGCUUCACUCAGGGGGCCUUCAGUUCGAGCUGGCCAUGCAACAUUCCUCGUCGUCACAGGCUCUGCACUCCGGCAUCUCAACAUCUGGUUACGAUGUGAGGUUGUUGCUGCAGCGCAUCAGGGAGCUGGAGGGGCAACAUGCCCUACUCACGCAGAGAGUGUACGAGCUGCAGGGUGAACUCGCCGGGUCCAAAGCGGCAUACAAUGCGCUGCUCGAACGCUUGCCCUCGGACGGCUCCUCCCUCACGUCGGGCGAAAACACUACGCACGUUCGUGCCGCACCGCCAUCUACACUAGCCGAAGCCGCUCUUCAGGCUGUCCGAAACCCGCCCCGCAUCGUCACUCUGCAUCGCAAGGACUAUCGGCGCAUCCGGUUCUGGUUUUGGUCCGAAUUCUCGGGCUGGAUGAGAGGAGAGCAAGAUGUCACGCUGCUGGGGCCAGAAGAGGAGGAGGUCAAGCCGUCGAAGCUGGCAUACAGAUUCCUCGAAGAUGAGGUCGGCGGGUGCAUCGAGCACAGGAAGGGUGUUAUGCUCGAGAUGCUAUACUCCAUAUGGCGUAGUCUGCUGCAUGUCCCUGGGCUGCUCCCAGCGAAGUGGGGGAAGGCUAGCUUCGAAGUGCAGAUGUAUGUCUGGGCUACGAUGGAGGAGGCGUUCGUGGAGUUGCGGUUCUGCGACGCGCAUUGGAAGGUGCAGAGGCUGGCGACUUUGAACUACCCUUGGUGGUAUGGCAAGCACGUGCGUUCACGCACCAGCAUCGACAACGAGAGUGGUUGCCAGACGGGAGAAGGAGGGGGGCGCAUUCACAAGACCGACGGCAAGCGUAGCGCUGCAGAUGCGGCACUCGAGUCUCGUCAGACUACGAAGAAGCCGAAGAACAAGGUCAUGUCAAUCUUCCCCUCAUCCUCGAGCAAGAAGACGCCUGCCCGCUCACCUCUCUCGACCGUCACAACCGCCGUGACGUCGACGGCGACGAUCGGCGCCACGGCAUCAUCUCAACCUACGACUACGACGAUCUCCACAGACACGGCUCCCCCUCAUACUCCUACCACCUCCAGCAAUUCGCAUGGCAAUUCCAGCGCGUCUUCCACCCCUGCAACACCUGAAGCGACCGCUAUCGGAAGCACUGAAGAGCAGGCCCAACAGCACGCGACCGGCACAGUCAGGGAUUUGGCUCAGGGGGCUUCAUCCGAAGCGAGCGGGCAGCUAGAGAGGAUGCAUUCGGUGCGUGAACGACCUUCCUAACGAUGUACUACAUCUCAGUCUCAUGGUAUAGGAGUUGGAACCCUCACUUCAAGACGAGGUGCAAGCCGAUCGCGCGGCCAAUACGAUCACGACGCGUCUCUCUACACCCCUCGUGGAAGAGACGCUCAAUCCCCCAUCCGCGCUGACAACCGCCCCCA